AUGCCUAACGACGAUAGUGACCUCCUGCGCCCUGAUUUUCAUCUUUCAAAUGAGGUUUUGACUCGCUCGAGGUCAACAUGGUCAGCAGUAGCCUCAGCGGCUCAGUCUGCGACCAAUCUGCCUUCUGCCUGCUGUAAUGUCAAAGCCUUUCUCAAUAAAACACCGUCCAUUCCCGAAUCCAGCGGUGCCACAGACCGCAUCGGGAGCAAUUCUCUAUACAUACAAGGGUAUGCUAGUUGGUCAGUUACGCCGGUUCAUAGACCUUCUGCUUGCGAGCUACCUCCCCGAAAAAAGACUGGAUCCCGAGAUGUCUACAUUGGGGAAUCCAAGCCAAGCACUUGCAAUCUUUCCAGCGAAUAUAUCUCAGAAUGGAACGGGUUUCAUCCCCUGCCAGACCCCGUUUCCAACUAUCUUGGUGUCUUCGUCCUUGGCUGGUCAUAUAUUCUUUCGGCACGAUUGAUAGAGAUACGCCGAUCAACAUCGAACGACACGGUGGUCUAUACUGACAACAAGGCUCGGUGCGACUGUCAUGAGCAAGAUCAAACUGAUACACCAAUCACCGAUGGUAGUUACAUCAUUGACAUUGGAACCGAUGAUUUCGCGGAAGUUCAAUGGUGGGCUGCAAUUCUCGCAGAGGGACGAGGGUGGCAGGCAACUCUCACACGAGAGGGUAAGGAGUACUACCCACCAUGGGAAUGUCAUUUGAACAGCAGUCCAUUUAGACUGCACCAUCGUGCUCAUCUUCCAUCCGCUAUCUCCCCUAUUAACCUUCAGCCACCGUCCUCGGCACAAGCACAGGAGUACCUUUUCAACCUGGCCCGGUAUCAUGACGCUUUUGAUCAAUUGAUUAGUGCGUUGGCUGCCACCAUGACAAUACCACUGCAUAAUCGGUUUGGGGCGAGUAUCAGCUUGGCUUUGCCCCAGCCAGGACACAGCCCCAUCUCGCACCGGAACACUGAGCUCACGUAUCGAAACCAAAUACCAACAACUGCUGAGAUCCCUCAUUACAUGGCUUUAUCAUGUACAUCCGGUGUGAUUACAUCCUGUUUAUUUAGUUGCUUCUGGGAACUGGAUAUCCCAUGCAACCUAGUCAGCCAAUGGUUGAACCCUCCAAUGAGGGAGAUCUUUCCAUCGUUAUUUCAAUCGAAGAACCACCAUGCCAUUGUCUGCGCUAUGGCACAACGCAGACCAAAUAUAGCUCCGCUGUGGCUGGGCUCUCUAAUCACAGGUCUCUUGCCCCGGAUAUUUCAAGUAUGUUGUUCGCAUUUACCAACAGUCUACCUAGAAGCGGGCACAUGGACUGCAUCUUCCCAGUCAUUCAUGGAUCCGCAAUACCACCGUCUCGCGCCCGUCCACAAGAACAAUGGUCUAGAACUCAUUCCCCGGGAAGAUGAAUUCCGCCUCCUGUUUAUCACCGACGUGGACUCAGAAACGUAUAUAUCCCCUCCACUGUCUCCAUAUCGUCCAUUUGGCCUCGUGGAACUCCAAAAUACUUCGAUCGAUGUCAGAUUGCACUACGCCUGUAACCAUCAACUAAGCUACUAUUGCUGGAACUGGAAAUGCGAAGGGGAGAAAGUGUUUCACGAUUUCGGCAUGUCAUGCGGAUCGAAAGCCGUAGAAUCGAGCAUCGAGUCUACCACUCUUAGGAAUACUGUGUUAAAACUGGGUUGGAGGAUGGUUGGGUUCGCAUGCACAACUCUUUAUAAGCCAUCACUGGGGAUCCCCGCCUGGGUGCCCACAUACAGAAAGCUUGUUUCCCUCUAUUCCUGGCUUCGGGCCCUUGCUUUAACAAGGCCUCGCGAAGGAUCAGAUACAGAGGAGGUAUUUGACGAUACACUCUCCGAGCUCGCGACACGGAAUAUAUUCUCUUGGAUCCUCUUCACUGAAGGAACUAGACCAGAAGAAAGGGACCUCUGGAAGCAUGAGUGGCUGGAACUGUUAGUCGACAGAGAUUAUGGCGCAGGGUCUAGUGAGUCUAGCUUGUCUGAGGUAGGCUAUGGGGCAGAUAGUGAAAAUUUGCGUUAUGUCCAUAGGUGGCGGGAUAAUGUUCUGGCGCCAUCGGUAUGA